AUGAAUGAGACACAAAUAUUGGAAGAUUCGGUUGCUCAUGAAGAAUCUAUAAAUAUUAAUGGUGAUAUUCAUUUUGACAAUGUCGAAUUUGCUUAUCCAACUCGACCCGAUGUCUUAGUCCUACGAAAUCUCACGCUGACGGCGCGUGUCGGUGAAAUAACAGCUUUAGUCGGUUCAAGUGGUUGUGGCAAGAGCACAUGUAUUUCACUUCUACUUCGUUUUUAUGAACCUUCAUCGGGUCACAUUGCAAUCCAUGAUCGAUCGAUUACCAAUUGUAAUAUCAAACAACUACGACAGAAGAUUGGUGUGGUCAGUCAAGAACCUAUUCUCUUUGCCACAAGUAUCUAUGAAAAUAUUCGCUUUGGUAAGGAAAAUGCAACAAGAAUCGAGAUCGAAGAAGCAGCACGUCAAGCCAAUGCACACGAUUUUAUUAUGCAAUUACCUAAUAAAUAUGAUACAGUUGUCGGUGAACGUGGUGUUCAAUUGAGUGGCGGUGAAAAGCAACGUGUAGCUUUAGCUCGUGCUCUUGUCAAACAGCCAGCCUUACUUUUGUUGGACGAAGCGACCAGUGCUCUUGAUAAUGCCAAUGAAAAGAUCGUCCAAGAAGCACUCGAUCGCGCUUGUAAAGGUCAGCGUGUGGCCCUUAUAGGUGUAUCUGGUAGUGGCAAAUCGACAGUCACUCAGCUCUUAGAACGAUUCUACGAUCCCAUACAAGGUCGAAUUUGUUUCGAUGGUGUUGACAUUCGAAAAUUGAAUAUUCAAUGGCUUCGUUCCUGUCUUGGUCUUGUUAGUCAAGAGCCUAUUUUGUUCGAUAUGACUAUUGCUGAGAACAUAGCAUAUGGUAGAGACAACACUUCGAUUGAAGAUAUUAUCGAUGCGGCUACCAAAGCUAACAUUCAUCAUUUCAUUCAGCAGUUACCUCAAGGUUAUGAGACCAAAGUGGGUAUGAAAGGUGGCCACUUGUCAGGUGGUGAGAAACAACGUAUUGCCAUUGCUCGAGCUCUUCUUCGUCGACCAAAGGUAUUGCUGCUAGACGAAGCAACAAGUGCCAUGGACUCGUACAAUGAACAGAUCGUGCAAGAAGCUCUUGAAAGAGCUCAAGCAGACGAUCCAUCUCGAACUUCACUGAUCAUUGCUCAUCCUCAAGCAGUUGAUAUUGUGCCUCGAAAUAAUCAUCAACGUACUACUCGAAAGUUAUCAUCAAAAAUAAAAAAUAGUAUAAUUUUAUUUUAUAGUCGAGAUGAUAUUUCAUAUCAAAUGCCUGGAAAGCGUGAUACUAUUGUCGUCAAUGAUAAUGGAAAUAAAAUAACAUAUCAAAAAAAAAUUCUUCUUUAUACUAUUCGAGAAGCAUACGAACUUUUCCUUGCUGCGAAUCCAGGUAUUUCUGUGAGUCAAACGGCUUUUGCUGAAAUACGUCCUAAACAUAUUUCAGUAAAAUCGUCUAUGGCGCAUCGUGUAUGCAUUUCCAUAUAUCAUGAAAACGUGAAUUUACUUUUAAAUAGUUUAUCUAAACAUGUCAAUGGAUCAUUUUGUUCAAAUUUAUAUUCAUUUACAUCGGCUCUUGUUUGUGAUGAGUCAAAUUAUGAUUUUAUGUCAUCUAAUUGUUUUACUUGUGAAAAUUAUUUCGAUUUAAAUAUUAAAAAUAAUGUUAUUGAUAGACAUAUUCAAAUAAAAUGA